AUGCGCGAGAGAGAAGCGCGGAGGCCGUCUCUUGCAGGUGACGAAAAAUGGAACGCCGUCAAAGCCAUGAUCGCCGGUGUCCGUGCACACGGCAGCUGGAAGGCUUACAAACGGGCGCCGCACCGCGAAGUCCUUCGCCUGCGGAGCCUCGUCGCUCGACAACGCGCCGCGGCCAUCUUCCGGGACGACGCGUCCUACGAUCGACCCGCGCGCGUGGCCGCGUUCCUCUGCCGCCGAGGCGGCCUUACCUGUCCCGACAACGGAGUCGUCUGGAACAUUCUCUCGUACUGGAACGCUACCGAGUAAGUAAGUAAGUAUCGUACCUCAAUCAAAACGGGUUUCACAGGGUUAUCCUGCUGAUUACGCAAGCCCUCGCCCAAGCCAGGACCAAGACUGUCCUUGAAAUUCAUACCAACACCGGAACAAUCGGAAGUGCGAACGCCUGUGGACAUAAAGAGCCUCAGGGAGCUCUGCAAAAAAAAAGCCCAAAAAAUGAGUCGCCUCGCGCGGCUCGCAUUGAUCCUCAUACCACGCAUCUCGACGGCAUUUACCGUCCGCCACACGCGCACGAACCUCACCUGGACUGAAAUAUGUAGGUUGGAACGACAGCGAGCCGUCCACGGCCGCGUCGUCGCGGCCGCGGCGCCGCUCGGCGCCUGCGAGCCCCCGGCGCCGCCGGUGCCGCCCGACACGAAGCCCCUGGCGCAGCUCCUCGCCGCGGCGACGCCCGCCGCGGCGCAAGCCGUCGUCGCGGCCGCCGCGCGGCGCUUCGAGGCGACUCUAAGAGCGAGAGGCGUCGUCUGCGGCCCGCCCGAGCCGGGCGCGCGCCACCACCGCUCCCACGGCUGCGUCGCGAAACCGGUCCCGUGCCGUGCCUGCGCCGGCGAGCCCGCGGACACGGGCCCUUGCGCCUAUGCCCAUUUUGAAGAUGACGCCUCCCGCGCCGCCGCGGCGCGCCUCGCCGGCGCGCGCCUCUGCGUCCGCGUCUGCGUCGACCCCCAGGUCCUCGCGCGCGCCGCCGCCGCCGACAAGAAAAAGGACCAGGAGCUAGAGACGUCGCGCUGCACGACGUUCCACCUGCUCCCGCUCGCCGCGCUCCAGGCCUCAAAGGCCGCCAUCAAGCGCGUCUUCCGCUCCAGGGUCGAGGUCUCGGCCCUCCUGAACGGGACGCAGACCGACGGCUUCCCGGACGACGCGUCGUUGCCCGCGUCCUGAGAUCGUCAUGCCCCGCUACGCCGUCGAGCCUGUCACGGGGAUACCAUCGCGUCGACGGCGUGGAAUCACCACGCCAUCGAGGAGACGCAGCUACGGGGACGGCGUCGCGUCGAUGGCGUUGAUUUCCACCCAGGUCCCUGCCGAAGCCGCGCGCCCACGAGCGCUGCGCCGUCGUCGGCUCGGGCCACCACCUGCGCUGCGCCGGCUGGGGCGCCGUGAUUGAUUCGUACGACGCGGUCUUCCGCACGAACGCGGCGCAGGGGUCCGAGGACGUGAGACAAAGGCACGCCUGCGGCAUGGGCGCGCGGACGGACUACCACGUGCACCCGGACCUCGGCAAGGUCAAGAAAGAAGCGCGCGAGGCCGCGCGCCGCGCGACGCCGGCCGCGCGCCUCGUCGCGAAGCACCUCCAGGAGUGGCGCGAAAUUACAAGGAGGGGCCUGCCCGCCCACCUCGCGACGGACGCGGCGCUCCGCCACGAGGGCCACGGCGGCUCGGGCAUGGGCUCGGGCUCGACGACGCUCGCGCUCGCCGCGGCGCUGUGCGACUCGGUGGACGCGUACGGCUUCGGCGCCUACCGCGGCCGCGGCGGCGCCUUCGCCUACAUCCACUUCUACGACGAGGAGCCGUGGCUCGGCGACGCCAAGGGCGGCGAGCUCGUCUUCGCGGCCGAGCUGCGGAACGCGCUCUUCGACGCGCUCGGGGUGUUCCGGUGGGUGUGGUGGUAA